CCCAGAAGCCCCAGGGGAGAGGCUCGUCUCAAGCCUAAAGGCUCCUUCCCGUGCUUUGGUGGUCGUUCAGCCACCCGGGCUCUGGCCUCUCUGGACUCUGCUUCUCCAGUAAAGGAAGCCAAAGGAGGACUGUCAAGUUCUUGCAGUUCUAAAACCAUGGCCCAUGAAAAAGAGGAUGAUGGGACUCACGUUUAUUCAGAACUUAAAAUGCAGGUGUCAUUGGCAUUUGGGGACGUGGCCAUAGACCUGUCUCGGGAGGAGUGGGAGUGCCUGGACCCCACUCAGAGGGACUUGUACAGGGAAGUGAUGCUGGAGAACUACAGCAACCUGGUCUCGUUGGGAUGUUGUAUUCCUAAGCCAGAUUUGAUUAUCUUAUUGGAGCAAGAGAAAGAACCCUGGAUGGUAGUGAGGGAAGGGACAAGAAGAUGGUACACAGAUUUGGAGUCCAGUUAUGUCACUAAGAAGUUAUUUCCAGAAAAUGAUAUUUAUGAAAUAUAUUUAUCUCAAUGGCAUAAAGUGGAAAAAAGUAAAACUAAAGCCUACAUCCAUGAGGAUACCAUUUUCAGAAAUGGUUUGCAGUGCAAAUGUGAAUUUGAGAGACAAGAGGGACAGCAAAUGGGAUGCAUUAAUCAAAUGAUAAUCAGAAAACAUAUAUCUCUUCCUCUACAUCAGAAAAUUCAUAAUAGAGAGAAGUCAUAUGAAUGUAAGGAAUGUAAGAAAGCCUUUAGACAACAGUCAUACCUUAUUCAACAUCUGAGAAUUCAUACUGGUGAGAGGCCCUAUGAAUGUAAGGUAUGUGGGAAAGCCUUUUGUCGUGUGGGAGACCUUAGAGUACAUCAGACAAUUCAUGCUGGGGAGAGACCCUUUGAAUGUAAGGAAUGUGGGAAGGCCUUUAGACUUCAUUAUCACCUUACUGAGCAUCAGAGAAUCCAUUCUGGUCUGAAACCCUACGAGUGUAAGGAAUGUGGGAAGGCCUUUAGUCGUGUUAGAGACCUGAGAGUACAUCAGACAAUUCAUGCUGGGGAGAGACCCUUUGGAUGUAAAGAAUGUGGGAAGGCCUUUAGACUUCAUUAUCAACUUACUGAACAUCAGAGAAUUCAUACUGGUGAGAGACCUUAUGAAUGUAAGGUUUGUGGAAAGACUUUUAGAGUGCAACGACAUAUUAGUCAACAUCAGAAAAUUCAUACUGGUGUAAAACCCUAUAAAUGUAAUGAAUGUGGAAAGGCCUUUAGUCAUGGUUCUUACCUUGUUCAACAUCAGAAAAUCCAUACUGGUGAGAAACCCUUUGAAUGUAAAGAAUGCAAUAAAUCCUUUAGUUUUCAUGCAGAACUUACUCGACAUCAUAGAAUUCAUACUGGUGAGAAGCCUUAUGAGUGUAAGGAAUGUGGAAAAGCCUUUCGUCUUCAAACAGAACUUACUCGGCAUCACAGAAUUCAUACUGGUGAGAAACCCUAUGAGUGUAAGGAAUGUGGGAAGGCCUUCAUUUGUGGCUAUCAACUUACUUUACAUCUGAGAACUCACACUGGUGAGAUUCCCUAUGGAUGUAAGGAAUGUGGGAAGACCUUUAGUAGUCGCUAUCAUCUUAUUCAACAUCACAGAAUUCAUACUGGUGAGAAACCUUAUGGAUGUAAAGAAUGUGGAAAAGCCUUUCGUCUUCAAGCAGAACUUACUCGACAUCACAGAAUUCAUACUUAUGAGAAACCCUAUGAGUGUAAGGAAUGUGGAAAGGCCUUUAUUCGUAGCAAUCAACUUAAUUCACACCAGCGAAUUCACACCAGUGAGAAUACCUAUGAAUGUAAGGAAUGUGGGAAGAUUUUUAGUCGUCGCUAUAAUCUUACUCAACAUAAUAAAAUCCAUACUGGUGAGAAACCAUAUAAAUGUAAAGAAUGUGGGAAGGCCUUUCGCUUUCAAACAGAACUUACUCAACAUUACAGAAUUCAUACUGGUGAAAAACCCUAUAAAUGUAAGGAAUGUGGGAAAGCCUUUAUCCGUAGCAAUCAUCUUACACAACAUCACAGAACUCAUACUGGUGAAAAGCCCUAUGAAUGUAAGGAAUGUGGAAAAACCUUUAGUCGUCACUAUCAUCUUACUCAGCAUUACAGAAUUCAUACUGGUGAGAAACCCUAUAUAUGUAAAGAAUGUGGAAAUGCCUUUAUUUGUAGUUAUCAACUUACCUUACAUCAGAGAAUUCACACUGGUGAGAUUCCAUAUGAAUGUAAGGAAUGUGGAAAGACCUUUAGUCGUCGGUAUCACCUUACUCAACAUUUUAGACUUCAUACUGGUGAGAAACCCUAUGGAUGUAAAGAAUGUGGAAAUGCCUUUCGUCUUCAAGCUGAACUUACUCGACAUCACACAAUUCAUACUGGCGAGAAACCCUACAAAUGUAAAGAAUGUGGAAAGGCCUUUAGUGUUAAUUCAGAACUUACUCGACAUCACAGAAUUAUACUGGUGAGAAACCCUAUAAAUGUAGAGAAUGUGGAAAAGCCUUUAUUCGUAGUGAUCAACUUACUUUGCAUCAGAGAAAUCAUAUUAGUGAGGAAACCCUAUGAAUGUAAGGUGAUGCAAUGCCUUUAGAAAAAGAGUCAUACCUUUUACAACAGCAGAGAAUUCAUAAUUUAAAGUAUUAUUGGGGAACAUGAGAAAAUGCAUACUAGAUUAUAUGUGUGGGGAUCCUUUUGCUUCAUGCUAACACCUUAAUAGAAAUGAUUUUAUCCUACAUAUGUUAAUUUAAAAAGUUUAAAAACUAAAGCUUCACCUCGUCCUGGUUAAACUUCAGCAGACUGAUACUGGUACAGUGCAUCUCAAACUAUCCAAAGUGAAGAAUCUUUUUCCAAUUUGUUGUUGACCAAAAAGAAUAAAAAUGGGCUACCAGAAAAUGAAAUAGAAAGAAAAACAGACUACAAAAUAAAAGCCCCAGUUUUUUAUUAAUGGGUUUAAUAGACAAAGUUAACCCUGUGAAAUUGCAUAAAGGUUUCCAAUUCUUCUUGGUGUCUGUAUUUAAGACAUUGCAGACCAGUAGCAAACAAUUUGUGGACCAGCAUACAAUUUAUAUAGCGCUGUACCAGGAAAUUACUCUGCUGAUGUAUUGAAUGUGGGAAAGAGCUUAGCCAUGGCACAUCCUUGGAAUCUCACAAUUCCACCUUUGCCUAUAUGGUAUUUGACAAAACACUUUUUCCCUCUGUGCCUCGGUUUUAAAAUGAUGAAAAUAUUACUUAAUAGUAUUUUUGAGGAUUAAAUGUUAAUAAAAAAUAAAACCUUUAGAAGAGUAUUUGGCACACAACAUGUGCCCAACAAAUGUUCUUAUUUUUGUUAGGGAUAUUAUUAGAAAAUUCAUGUAAGAGGAAGACCCAAUGGGAGUAAGGAAUUUGUAAAAGCCUUCCAUUAUCAUUCACUCUAUUUAAAUUCAAUUAAUUAGUCGUGAAUAAAAUUCGUUAAAAUAUAGUAAGCUUCCAUUGAUGAAAUCAGAGUUCAUCUCUAAAAAUCAAUGCAAGGAAGAAAUCUUUGGAUUUAAUGAGUGUGAAGAUUAUGCGAGUAAAGCUUUUGAAGAGCCAGGGAGAGUUGUGACCCAAAAAGUCAUGACCCAAAAAGCGGAUAUAUUACAGUCUGCUUUUUCUGCCCACAAUUCAUGAUAAAUUAAAAACUAACAAUCGAAAGACCAUUUGAAAAAAGUUAAAAGACUAAUACAAUGAACACUGGUAUGCCACCUCCAGAUUCAGAAGUUGUUAAUUGUCAUAUUUGGUUUACUUAUAUAUAAUUACAUAUAUUUAGCUAUAGUUUUGAGUAUAAAUUGUAUAGAUCAUGACAUUUCACCCUUCUGUAUAUAAACAUGCAUCUCCCAAGAAUAAAGGAUGCCUUCUAUUUAA